AUGAACGUCCACCAUUGCGGAGACAGUGUGAUGGACAAAGAUUCAUAUCACUGUUUGUUGGCAGUCGAGCUGUGGUUGUCACACGAGCCUUGGCUGACACACGACACAAUUGAUAUAGAGAUACAUACAGUGAUGACAUCUGUAGGCUGUUAUGCAGUCAUUAUUUUAGGUCAGUGUCUUCAUUACAGUGACUUUGCAGGUGCUAUCGAUCGUCUCGGUCCAACUGUUAAGGCUGAUUUUGAAGUUGCUGUCAAGAAGGGGAAGUUGCCAAUAAUGCGAGGGAACAUUGACAUGUUUGGUGAAGAAGAUGCAGGCAAAUCGACAUUGGGAGAUGCUUUUCUAGAUCAGCCAUUUAUAGAGAAGAGGGAAAGUACGGAAGGAGGAAACGUGAAAGUGAUGAGAUCGGGAGGUGGUCCAAACACAACCUGGAAAGAACUGAAACCAAAAGAGAAAGAAGAGAUCAUUGACCAAGUUCUUGUCAGAGGCUUUCUUGCAUCUGUUGAAAGCCAACAAGUUGAGGCUCCAGAGCAGACACAAGAUGACAAUGGAGAGGAAGCUAUUGGAGAGACAAUCCAAGAAGUAGAACAGCAGCCAGCCGGUAGUACCAACACGGUAGCUUUACCGACAGCCAGACAAGCAACUAGUAAAGAAGGCAACACGACAGGAUUGAGGAAGUCGCUACUCAAAUUGUUGUUUUCUAAAGAAUUAACUGAGGAGCAAGCAAAAUUAGCAGAGAUGCUGCGUCUUGACAAGGCUGCAUUAAUGGAAAGUGAAAAGAUGAUGUUGAUCACAGUGUGUGAUCGUGGCGGUCAAGAGCAGUUUCUGAUGACACACGCAGCAUUGAUGGCAGACAACAGUCAGCACAGUGCAACCGCUUACAUGAUAGUGAUGGAUGGAACAAAGAGUCUUGCAGAUCCCAUACCUCAAUGUUUGUUUCGACCAGAACAAGGAAGCGAGCAGUUGGUCAUGCCACGUUUUGGCCCCACGACGAGACGUGAGCUGUUGGCUUACCACAUGAAUGCCAUCAAGAUGGCACAUCCAGUAGUGGGUUGUGGUCCAUUUCUUGGUCAGGGCUACGUCAAUCAAGCACCAGUUACAUUUGCCAUGUCGACAAGACAAGACAAAACAAAGGACAUGGAUCCAAAGUUUUUGGACGAACAAGAAGAAAUAUUGCAAGACAUUGUACAGAAGAACAAGUUUGGUGAUCACAUGGUGUUGGCAGAAGAAAAUCCAAACAAACUGACUUUUCGUGUUGACAACACACGAUCAGGCACUGGCAGUCCGGAUCCGGUGCUAAUGAAAGUGAAGGAGAUAUUUGUAGCAAUGGUGCGGUCACUGUGGAGUCAACGAGAUGCUAUUCCAUUGACGUGGGCAGUUCUCGAUAAAUUGUUGAGCAGAGUGUCUCAACUGGAUGACAACGAAGGCAAAAUACUCGACAUCGAAGAAGUGUGUAAGUUGGCUCGAAAAUUCUGUGACAUUAUGACACAAAGAGAAUGUCGAUCGGCACUGCAGUAUUUAUCAAGUUUGAGCACAAUUGCAUUUUAUUCUAAUGUGAGUGAGUUAGAUAAGAAGGUCUUCACUGAUCGGCAAUGGCUGGUCAAUGUUCUCACUGUCUUUGUUACCGUCUUGCAUAAGAGCAACGUGCCUCCACAUCUCUGGAAAGAUCUGAAGAAAUUAAAGAAAAAAGGAAUGAUGUCAUGGUCAUUGGCUCACUAUCUGCUGCUGCAGAAAGGUGUCAAGGAAAGUCAGUUUGAGUCCAUCUUGCACGUGCUGCAUUUAUUCGACGUUAUCUGUCCUAUGAUCACAUCACCAGAGAUGCUGAAGGCUGUUCUGAAAGUUGGACAGUCAUUCUUUGUUCCUUGCUUGCUGGAACAGAGAUCUGAUAACAAAUUGGCAUGGCAACAAAUGGCCGGUUCUACUGAAUUCCCUCCAUCUCUCAUCUUUUGUCCUAAAGGGUUUGAUGCGACUCCCGAGCCGAUCUACUUUCGCUUGGUGUCUCGUUGUGCUACUAAAUAUGCCCAUCCUCGUCCGGCACUGAAACGGUGUUAUGCUGUCUUUCACGUGAAUGAUGAUCUUGAGCUUGAUCUGGAACUGGUUUACCAUGAACUGCAUUACAUUAUUGCUACAGUAUAUUCUCCUCGUCGAGUUCUUCCUCGUCAUGAGCUGAAACAUCAAUGUAGCAUCAUUCGUCAGUUUCUCACUGAUCAGCUGUAUGAGGCCAAGAAACGAGGAUUGGAUGGCUUCAAGUUCACUGUAUGCGUUAAGCUUCCCGCAACUGGAGCUGAAGAUGCCCAAUCAAUAGAUGAUGAUUCUUUGGUAUGCAUUGAUAAAUAUCCAUCUCAAAAGGGUUUGACGAACCAAAAGAAUGAGCGUGUGGCACGAGAGCAGUUUCCCACAUUGAAUAUCUGGUUUAGUGACUCAAGAGAAACGUCAGAACAAACAGAGCACGGGAUGCUGGAGUCAAACGCUACCAGCAAAUGUUUAGACAAAGAGAUGGUGGCUGUAUCUCUUAAAGUUUGUGCCGAUUGGCAACGAUUUGUUUCAGUUCUCUCACCAUCUCUGUUCUCGGUUGACAACCUAAAGGUGAUAAAAGGUGAAAACAGAGAUGAUUUCUUCUUGCAAAGUCGAACAGCAUUGGACAUGUGGACGAAGCAGUUUGGAGACAAAGCCAAUCGGCGAUCAAUGAUUGAAGCAUUGUGUGAGAUUGAAUGUAGAUCUCAUGCUGAAGCUGUUUUUGGUCGUGACUUGGUGGAACAUGUCUGCCCAUCAUCAUGAUUGUGUGUUUGUUAGUUAACUCAGAUUUGUUCUUGAUAAACGUUGUUCUUAGUAAUUACACUCAAUAGUUGACAUGUUUUCUUAGCCUAGUGACUCACAUGUGUUGUAGCACGUGUGUGAUUUCUUACAGUUGGCCUUACUCUUCCUAUGAGGGAAGGCUGGCUGGA